AAAAAGACAGAGAAAUGGAGAAAGAGGGCACAAGCGAUACUGAUAAUCGGAGCACGAUAACGGUGAACGUUAAGUUCAGCGGCCGAUCGAUGCCGGUGGAAAUCUCCGACGAGUCCACCGUCGAACACCUCAAGUCUCUCCUUCAACCUCUUACUAAUGUCCUCCCUCGCAGUCAAAAACUUAUUUUCAAAGGGAAAGUUUUGGUGGAUGAAAUGACAUUGAAGUCGUCGAGGGUUGUAAAUGGUGCUAAGAUCAUGCUUAUGCGUUCCCAGGUUUUACAUCAAGAGGACAUACCAAAUGUAUUGGAGGAUCCAGCAAGCAAAGAGAGGAAUAAUAUUCAAAAUACCUCUGUCUCUUGUGAAGCCGUUGCAGGAGUAAGAGUAGAAGUCGAUAAGCUCUCACACAGGGUUUCGGUCAUAGAGGAAGCUAUGCAAAGAGGUACUAAAGUUGAGGACAAAGAAUUUGUGGUGCUUACCGAGUCGUUCAUGAUUCAGCUUCUUAAACUGGAUAGUAUUGAGGCAGAUGGAGAAGCAAGAGCUGAGAGGAGGAAGGAGGUUCAUCGCAUUCAGAGUAUUGUUGAUAUGCUUGACAAUUUUAAGGCAAGAAACUCUAAAUUAUAAUGCUACUUAAAUGGUACCAUAUGAGAGAUGUUGGAUUCAGGAGUUUGAAGCCUCAAUGCACCAAAUAGACUACAACAAUCCACAAAAAUUACUCAGCAAUUGGAACUGUUUGAUUAUGUAUCAUAGUUUAUUGUUUUUACUGAUUCACCGUCCUUUUACAUCGUACGCCUUGCUUAUAAUUAGCCCAUUAGGUAAGAGGUAAUUCUUUUCAUACUGCUGAACUCAAAAAUUGCUUAGAUUGCUUUGCUUGGAUUUUCGCUCUACGCAA